ACUAUUGGAAGAGUUUCUUUACUAACUAUAUCCAUGCUAUUACCACAGGCUAUAUUUUUCUCCCUCUUCUUUGUAAGGGGAAUAUAUUCUGAGAUUGAGGUUGUCCCAUGCAAUCACAAUACACCAGUAUGUGAGUGCAUGGAUCCUGCUAAAGAAGCAUGUGAGUUUACACUUGAUAUUGAGAUGCUCCAGACCUUUACCCGAUAUCUGCUGGAUGAUGAUAAAGACUCAAGGGGUACUGCAGGCAGUGUCUGGCAUAUUAAUAAUGGAGAAUGGGAACCAGUUGAUUAUGAUCCUAGUAUCGGCCGUAAUACUCUCUGUGGUAGUUCUAUUGAUAGUGAGGAAUCUAAAAGAUGCACUCAACCGUUUGGUGUUGAUGGGUACACGUUUCGUUCCUUUAUAGCAGUCAAUGGACGUAUACCAGGACCAACACUCAUUGUAACUGAGGGUCAGUUGGUUAAAGUGAAUGUAAUCAAUAGAUUAGCAUCAGAGAGUGUAUCUGUACACUGGCAUGGGAUGCAUCAAAGGAACAGUAACUGGAUGGAUGGAGUGGAGCAUGUUACACAGUGUGGUAUACCUCCAGGAGCUAGUUUCACUUAUAUCUUUAAAGCUGAACAAUACGGGACUCACUGGUACCACUCUCACAGUGGAGCUCAGAGAACUGAUGGACUCUUUGGAGCUCUCAUUGUUAAAGAGAAGGAGCAAGGUAAUGCACAAUACACUGCCUUCCUGAACAAAUUGAAUGACAUGAACAUACCACGAAAUACUUAUGUGGAUAAUCCUGGUGAACAUACUCUCACUCUUCUUGACUGGCAAAAGUCAAGCUCACUGGAUCUCUUCACACUAAUACAGUCAAGUAUCAGGUACUUCAACAUUGACAAAGCAUCAGAACUGCAAGGGAAUAGAGCAGCUACAGGUACCAGUUCAACAGAUGGGGCAUUCAUAGGGCCCGUGCCUUAUUGGUCUGGACUUAUAAAUGGAAGAGGAAGAAAUAACAAUAUUGAAUACAUCAAUUCUAUUUUAAGUGAUUUCAAAGUUACCACAGGACAAACUUAUCGAUUUCGUUUAAUUGGUGCUCAGAGUCUUUAUGCUUAUCGUUUCUCAAUAGAAGAUCAUAAAUUAACAGUAAUAGCAACUGAUGGUCAGUUUAUUGAACCAGUGACAGUCGAUUAUAUUAUAAUACAUUCUGGAGAAAGAUAUGACUUCCUUUUGAAAGCAAAAGAAGCGACCACUAUUCGACAGUUCAUGAUACGUGCAGUUACUUUAAAGUUUACUGCAACAUCAACUUAUUUAGAAGAACAGUCAGCAGAAGCUAUUCUCAAUUACAACAGUGUUACUACACCCUCCAGUGACUAUGCAGGUAUUGCUAAAAGAAUUCAAAAUGUUAGUCAAAGAUGUACUGAUAGGUGUGUAGCUCUUAACUGUCCUUUUAAAGAAUUUCCAGAGGCUAUCAAUAUUGACUGUAUGCAUAUUACUGAUUUAAAACUACUAACUGACUAUCCUGAAGACGUGCCUACAAUUGCUACUGAUAACAGUAAAAGGUUAUUCUUUAAUUUUGGUUUCGAAGGAACACGUCGUACUAGUUCCAUUAAUGGACGUAACCUAAAACUACCAUCGGCAUCACUGGCACAGCUUGAGCCAAAUAAAUUAGCUGAUAUUGAAAAUAAUGAAUACUGCAUGCACCCAAAAAACAAAGAGCCAAAUACAAAUAAGUGUGAUCGUAAUAAUGAAGUAGAAGUGAUAUCACCCGAUUGCCACUGCACUCAUGUUGUUGAUGCAGAGGCUGAUAGUUCUAUCGAACUAGUUCUAUCAGCAACUGGAUCAAAAGAACAACGAAAUAACUACGCGUUCGCUCAUCCAAUACAUCUUCAUGGUCAUUACUUUCACGUGGUUGAAAUUGCAUUUGGUGAGUAUGAUGAUAAUGGAAUACUUAUAGCUGGUAAUGACACAAUUGAUUGUGGGAAUAGUUACCUAUGUGUUCGACCUCGCUGGAAAACUAAUAGGGACUACUCUACACGUACAGGAAUGGCAAGGGUCUCACCUAAAGCCCCACUAAAGGAUACUCUGUUAAUACCAGCUGGUGGGUAUGCUGUUGUGUAUUUUAAAACUGAUAAUCCUGGUUGGUGGUUUCUACACUGUCAUAUUGAGGUACAUCAAUUGGAGGGAAUGGGAGUCAUCAUUAAUGAAAGAGGGACAAAAACACCACCACCUGAUGGCAUGUAUAAAUGUGGAAAUUUUUCAUUGACAAUAGACGAGUUCAAUGCAUGGCGUAAUUUCAAAUGAUACAUUGGCACUAACACCAGUACCAACAUUCGUUCUAUUGCUGACCUCUUCAACUAACAAUAAAGUACACUAAUGAACAGUAGAAAUACUAUACUAUAAUAAUACAUAAAACAGUGAACAUUUUAAUAUUAGAUAUUUGCUGCAUGUGUAUG